CUUGCAGACAUAUAUAGAUAUAUAUACGUCGUAAAAGUAACGCGUUCAUGGCAAGCAAGUUGUGGGCAUUAGCUUGCAUUGGCCACGAGAGCCAUGGGAGCCUAUUGCCGCGGCCGCACUAUCCGUCGAUGCCAAAGUACCCAAAGGGUGUGUCCGGGGAAGAAAGCAGUGCGGAGCUGGGGCCGGAGGCCAAGGCCUUGUUCUCCGUCAUCGGGAUGACAUGCUCCGCAUGUGCCGGAUCUGUCGAAAAGGCCAUCAAGCGGCUUCCGGGGAUACGCGAGGCGGUCGUCGACGUCUUGAACAACAAGGCACAUGUCUUGUUUUAUCCUAGCUUCGUCAAUGUGGAGAACAUUCGUGAGACUAUUGAAGAUGUUGGAUUUGGGGCCACAUUGAUUGAAGAUGAGGUGAAUGAUAGAUCCACUCAAGUGUGCCGAAUGCGCAUAAAUGGAAUGACUUGCACAUCUUGCUCCUCCACUGUUGAAUCAGCUUUGCAAGCAAUCCAUGGUGUACAAAAGGCGCGGGUGGCCUUAGCAACUGAAGAAGCAGAGGUUCAUUAUGAUCCAAAGAUUGUGAGCUCCAACAAGCUAUUGGAAACCAUAAAAGACACUGGAUUUGAAGGCAUACUUAUUAGUUCAGGAGAAGACAUAAGCAAAAUAGAGCUCAAAGUUGAUGGUGUACGUACUUGUCGUUCCAUGAGAAUAGUCGAAGAGUCUCUUCAAGCACUUCCAGGCGUUCAAGAUACAAUAAUAUUUCCGGAACUCAAUAAAAUAUCCCUUUCUUACAAACCAGAUAUGACAGGACCGAGAACUUUCAUUAACGUGAUUGACUCAACUGGAUCAAGACGUUUCAAAGGUAGUAUAUAUCCUGAAGGAGGAGGAAGAGAAACUCAUAGAGGGGAGGAAAUUAAGCAAUACUACAGAUCCUUUUUGUGGAGUCUGAUUUUUACAAUUCCUGUAUUUCUUACCUCCAUGGUCUUUAUGUAUAUUCCUGGAAUCAAGCAUGGAUUUGAUACCAAGGUAGUCAAUAUGAUGAGUGUUGGUAUGCUUUUGAGGUGGGUGCUAUCAACUCCAGUGCAGUUCAUCAUAGGCCGGCGAUUCUACAUUGGAUCCUACAAGGCAUUACGCCAUGGUUCUGCUAAUAUGGAUGUUUUGAUUGCAUUAGGAACAAAUGCAGCUUAUUUCUAUUCAGUCUACUCUGUGUUGAGAGCCACUACCUCUAAAGAUUUCAAGGGUACUGAUUUCUUUGAGACUAGCUCAAUGCUUAUCUCAUUUAUUCUACUUGGCAAGUAUUUAGAGGUUUUGGCUAAAGGAAAGACAUCAGAGGCCAUUGCUAAACUUAUGGACUUGGCACCCGAGACAGCAAUAUUGUUAACCUUGGAUGCUGAGGGAAAUGUCGUGACUGAUGAAGAAAUUGACAGUCGGUUGAUACAAAAGAAUGAUGUGAUUAAAAUUAUUCCAGGAGCAAAAGUAGCUUCUGAUGGUUUUGUUAUCUGGGGUCAAAGCCACGUAAAUGAGAGUAUGAUAACAGGAGAAGCACGGCCAGUGGCAAAAAGGAAGGGUGAUACUGUAAUUGGAGGCACUCUGAAUGAGAAUGGGGUGUUGCACAUAAAAGCAACACGAGUAGGAUCAGAGAGUGCUCUUUCACAGAUUGUACGACUCGUUGAGUCAGCCCAGUUGGCUAAAGCACCAGUUCAGAAGUUUGCUGACCGCAUUUCUAAAUACUUCGUGCCCCUGGUCAUUAUACUUUCAUUUUCAACUUGGCUUGCCUGGUUUUUAUCUGGAAAAUUCCAUGGGUACCCAGAAUCUUGGAUUCCAUCUUCCAUGGACAGCUUUGAGCUUGCACUCCAGUUCGGGAUAUCUGUCAUGGUCAUAGCCUGCCCUUGUGCUCUAGGCCUAGCAACACCCACCGCUGUUAUGGUUGGCACUGGAGUUGGUGCAUCUCAGGGUGUACUGAUCAAAGGGGGUCACGCAUUAGAAAGUGCACAUAAGGUAAACUGCAUUGUAUUUGACAAGACAGGAACUCUCACACUUGGGAAGCCUCUUGUUGUUAACACAAGACUCUUGAAAAAUAUGGUACUUGGAGAAUUCUAUGAACUUAUCGCUGCAACUGAGGUGAACAGCGAGCACCCAUUAGCAAAGGCAAUUGUUGAGUAUGGCAAGAAAUUCAGAGAAGAUGAAGAGAACCCUGCCUGGCCAGAAGCACGGGACUUUGUUUCCAUUACUGGCCAUGGGGUGAAGGCCAUCGUCCGGAACAAGGAAAUAAUGGUGGGAAACAAGAACUUGAUGUUGGAACACAACAUUGCCAUUCCAGUGGAUGCUGAAGAAAUAGUAGCAGAAGCUGAAGGGAUGGCCCAAACUGGGAUUCUGGUAUCCAUUGAUGGGGAAGUUGCAGGAGUUUUAGCCAUAUCUGAUCCAUUAAAACCAGGUGCAGAAGAAGCCAUUUUGAUUCUGAAGUCGAUGAAAAUUAGGAGCAUCAUGGUGACAGGGGACAAUUGGGGAACUGCCAAUUCCAUUGCCAAGGAAGUUGGAAUUGAAACUGUUGUUGCAGAAGCGAAACCCGAGCAGAAAGCAGAGAAAGUUAAGGAGUUUCAGGCGGAAGGCUACGUGGUCGCAAUGGUUGGAGAUGGCAUAAACGACUCACCAGCACUUGUGGCAGCAGAUGUUGGAAUGGCAAUUGGUGCUGGAACAGACAUUGCUAUAGAGGCAGCUGACAUUGUUCUCAUGAAGAGCAACUUGGAGGAUGUGAUAACUGCCAUUGAUCUUUCCAGGAGAACCUUCUUUCACAUUCGGCUGAACUACAUCUGGGCUUUGGGAUAUAAUCUGCUUGGCAUCCCAAUUGCUGCCGGGGUCCUUUUCCCAUCCACUAGAUUCCGAUUACCGCCAUGGAUUGCUGGAGCUGCAAUGGCGGCCUCUUCUGUCAGUGUUGUUUGCUGUUCUCUGCUGUUGAAAUAUUACAAGAGACCCAAGAAGCUGGACAACCUUGAAAUUCGCGGAAUAAGGAUCGAGUGAUUCUUAAUGAUGGCUUUGAUCCAGUUUGGUGUAUAUCAGUAUAUAUAUGUAUGCAGGUGUAAUGUUUUCUUAGGAACAAAUCUAGGCAGUGUGUUGGUUGAAGAAGAUAAAAUAUCAUCUGAGCAAAGUUGGUCAGAUGGCAUUCCAUGUACAUUAGAUUGGUGUUAGAGGAAUCUGUAGAAUGGAUGUAUCUUUCAUGCAGUAAGGAUUGUAAAAUAUAUAAUAAAUAUGGAUUUUGAUCUUUAAACU